CUAUCAGCUGAUAAAUACUACAUUCAUGCGCGCUGACACCCUUCGAGUGGUGACGGUGGUUUCGAUCGCCCGAGACGGAUUGUCGGUGUGUUGUUAUGAAACGUGACGGAUCGCAUUUACGAGAGUACAAAGCGUCGCGCACAUUCCAGCCGAGGAGGACUCGCGAAGAGAAAUGACAAAUCCAGCCGAGUCGGGAGCGCUCAGGCACUAAUUGGCGAGGAUACCCUCUGGCAAUCAAUGGCAUAAAUGCGCUCGGCUAUCAGCGUUAUCCUGUCGAGUCCGGUACCCGACAACAAGAUGUCCCAUCCCGAUUAUGAGCAAACCGCCCACGAUCACGCCGCCCUGUUGCUGCUGCUGAGGCCGAUCGGCGCGCAGAUCAAGCCGAAGACGGUCGGUAGGUUAUGUGAGAGGAUCAUCAAAGCUGGCAGCAGGUUCUCCGUGUCCGACUCCAGCGGCGGCACCCGGGAGAUCCUCGCGAGGUUCGUUCGCGAGCACCCCGUAGAGAACAACGAUUGGGGGGACUUUCAGACUCACAGAAGGCUGCUGGGUCUCAUCACGUUCGGCAAGUACGACAACCAGGCGGAGCUGAACGAACUGUGCAGGCUGCACGAGACCUUGAAGGUGAAGUACAGCAGCACCUUGUACGACUCACGAGCCAUCCUCUUCGGCUCGCUCGAGUCGAACGGCCGUCACGAACCACCGCCGGGUUACACCACACCCAGCAAUUUCAAGACCCGUGCGGUGUUCUACGCGGACGAGUCGUGUCCUGACCUAGAAACACAAAUCGCCGAGUACCUAAAUUUUCUAUUCUGGAUCUUGGAGUCUAAGAGGCUGGAGCGUUCUAGAGAAAAGAUAGACCGCGUCUCCCUUCUGUUAGCACCGUUCGAGAAGAAAGACUUCAUAGGACUGGAUCUUGAGUCUAGGAAUAAUAAGAAGAGAUGCGUAGGUCGUAUGACGAAGCAUCUGGGGGACCUGUGUCUUCAGGCCGGGCUCCCAGCUGAAGCGUUGAGUCAUUAUAAUUCUGCGGCCAAUAUCCUGCAGGCGGUCAACGACUGGCUGUGGUUGGGCGCCGCUUACGAAGGUCUCUGUGCCGCUUCGGUCUUGGUUCUGUACCCAAAUAUGUGUCGAAGUCUUCCGUUGCAGAGGAACUCUUCUCUACAAGAGGGAAGUCCGAGUAAACAGAGACGAGGAUCGCAGGCUAUCGCAGUUCUGCCGGCCCCACCUAGUAUAGAAGUGAUAAAGACCAGCAUGCCACACAUUUUACAGCCCGAUGAAAUAUCUAAGAAAUAUCGUGAUGCUAUAGUGCAUUAUAGUAAAUAUCAGUACGCAGGUAUAAUUGAAACCGAGGCUAGUUUUAAGGCCACAAGAAUCUCGAUUGAGCAGAACUGCACCUUGCAAGCUGCUUCGUAUUUAAAUAACGUUGUGCUGAUUAAUUUGCCUUUGAGCGAGCAGGAAAAAAUUGACCGAUUUACCACACUAUCAGAUCUAUACACGAGCUUUGGUUUCGAUAGAAAAGCCUCAUUCUGUUUGCGUUUAGCCGCCACACGCCAUGUAUCGCAAAAUAACCCCAAUCCAGAUUGGCAGCAGUGUUACAACUUGAUGUUACAAGCCACGCCCGGAUUUAAGUUGUCCUUGGAUCCUGUCGAUAUGCCGCUAGAUGGACAAAGAGGAUGGCCGGUUAUACAGAUUCAAGUGAUAAAUGAGCUUGUUGCCGCUGCGAAUCGAAUGGGUAACCCAGCCCUCGCCACGAGGCACAUGACAUUUCUGCUUCAAACGAUGUACAAUCACCUAACGCCCGACGAGCGGAAAGACACCGCGUUGCAGCUUCAGAGCGUGUCGCAACAGUGCGAGGGUGCACCAGUGCCUCUUGUUUUAGAUUCUGGAACCGUCAUACCGCCAGCUAACUUGCUGAAUAUACCAAAAACAAAAUCGUUCACUCUGAAGAACAUGCAGCCACAUUUACAACCUCAGAAAAUAGAGAGAGUGAAAGAAGAUCACGGCCCAUUCCUGUUCACACCGAUCAACUUCGGCUCGUUGGAACGCAAAAAUACCUCGAAAAGUAAAGUCGAUUACUUGUGGGUGGAAGGAGACAUCUGCGAGGUGUCGAUGCAGCUCAUAAAUCCUUUGCCGUUCGAGCUGCACGUGUCUAACAUGAGGCUCUUGACGAAUGGCGUGGUGUUCGAGUCGAUACCGGAAAGCAUCAGUCUGCCCGCCAAGUCCGGGCCGAUGGCGGUUACGUUAGCAGGCAGGCCCAAGGAAGUCGGCGAUUUGGAGAUACUCGGUUUCAGCACGCACACGCUAGGAGUGAAGUCGAACUGUCGGCUGAGGCACAUGGAGGGCAUGCUGCACCCGCAAUACACGGUCGAAGUAAUUCCGGCCUUACCAAGGAUCGAGGUCGCGACCAGUUUACCUCAAACCGCCAGUUUCAGCUCGGGCGAUAACAUAGUCACGAGCGCGAGCAUAUCGCUCUACGGCGGUGAGAGUGCCGAGUGUACCGUGACAAUAACGAAUGCCGGGCAGGUCCCCAUCGAGAUGGUCGAGUUAUCGGUACAGUCCGCUUUAGAUGCAGUAACCGAGAGUAAAAUAUUCAAGUGGAGCGAUGAGAACCUAAUGAUGCAGUUACCUCUGCAACCUGCCAGCAGCGCGAGUCUCACUCUGUAUCUGUACGCAGCGACGGAUUUCGUGGCGCCUUCGAUUAGAAACGAUGUUACCAGCAGCACCUGCCUCAGCCAACCGAGCAGCUUAAUGUCGCAUUCGGGCCACAGUUCUCUGCCGUCUAGGCUCAGCUCUCCAUCCCACCAUACCAAGAGACAAUCCGAGCUGACCUCCUCCUUCAGGUCGGGGGUGAGCUCGCAAUCCGGUCAUUCCUCCUUGGCGAGCACGCGUCUGUCGAAACUGGCGAUACCUCUGCACACGUCCAACGUCAUCGAGGGUCAGUUGAGAAUAAAAUAUUCGGGAGGUGCCGGCUUGACGGCUGGUUACUGCAGGACUUCGUCUGUUUUCGUAACCAUCGAGAUGCUGCCCAGUGUACAAAUCACCAAUUGGGACGUUUUGCCGGCUGAAACGCCGUUGCAAUUCUAUCUCGUGUUGGACGUGACGAAUAUGACAAAUCAUGAGAUGGAGUUACACUACACGCAGACCAAAUGUAUAUACAUGGAAGGUAAAGAACCAUGUAGGAUACCCGUGCCGGUUGACCGAUGUCCGCUUAAUAAAUUGUCUAUGUUGAACGGCGCAGGUGAGACCGGUGAACUCCAAAAAAUAUGCGCUGAACACAUAGCCUCGCUGGUCGACCUGCGCUGGCAAUUAUUAGGUACAGAGUCAACGGGUAAAGCGACUCUGUCUGGCAUCACUCUGACUCAGGAUAUGCUGGAUCUGGUGAGAAUGAGUCCUCUUCAAUGGGAGAUAAUCAUCAACGACGUUACCGUGAAAGCGCAGGAUGAAUUGACCUGCGGCUUGGGCGAGUGUAUCAGUGUAGGUGUGGGAGUGUGCAAUGCUCUGGAACAUCCGCUGAACGAUCUCACAUUGUCCAUCAACUUCUAUCAGGAUCAUCACAAUGGAGUUAACAAUUAUCAGUUAGAAACGAGGCUAUCCAUAGCUGGUGCGAAUAAAGUCAUGCUGCCUGCUUUGCAGGAAUACGGCAGAGCGUAUCACGAAUGUCGGGUGGUGUUUUUCACAGCCGGCCAGUACAAGAUCGAUAUUCAAUGCAGUAGUAAAGAAUCCGCCCCGAACUCUCCAGUACUUUACUCGGAACUGGUAAAUGCCGGGCACACAUGGCGCUACAUUCCGCCGAUCGAAAUAACAGUUGAUGAUUAUUAAGAAAUCACUGUCCACCUAAAUACUUGUAAAUUGUAAUAUUUGUAAAAUUGAUUAUUAAAAGCGUGAAUUUCUCCCUUUAA